ACGUGACCCGAGUAUCAAAAAUGUGAAUAGAGUAACUUACUAAGAGCUACAUCUUGAAUUGAAUCAAAUCGAUAUAUUCUCCCACAAGAGCUUCUACAAAUCCACUAAUGGCGUCCCUGGAUCUAGCGGUCAGGCUGAAUGAACAACAAAAUGCAGAAAGAAGGCUAUCACUGCUGUUGUUUAGCGAGAUCAAACCCUAUUGCAUAGAAUUGUCUGAGAUAUCACUACUACCGAGUUCCAUUUUCAAGGCAGAUAAUCCCAAGCUAAUAUCGGCAAUCUCGAAGGUGAAAUCGGUCCUUGAGACCCAUUGUGAACUGAAUUCAAGGAAUGGUCCUUAUAGAUUGAGCUCCAAUAUGGCUGACUAUAUUUUUUUCCCAAUCUCCAACUUAUUACAGAAACCAUCGCUUAGUGAUGCUGUCACGUCUCAUGUCUUGUAUAUAAUCGGGUUUCUUACUGAAAACUGCUGGUCUUAUGACCCGAAGGUAAUUUUAAUAGAUCAAUUGUUCCCCAUAGCCAUUUACCUUUGUGGGGGGAAUAAUAAUAAGUCAUCCGGAAUCAAUAAUAAGGAUUUUACAUUCAAACAAUCCACAGUCUACUGUUUAUCAAGGAUAUGGAAAUCAUUGCCUUCUGACUACUUCAAGAAGGCUGAUGCCAAACGUUUGUCCUUACUAGCAGACUCGACUACCAUACUACUAGAUGUUAUCUCAAGUUUCAAUCAUCAAACCCUUUCGCAAGACCAAACUAAAACCAUAGUCACCGCUUUGGAUGCACUUGAGAACACCUAUUCCGCCAAUGUCUCACCAGAACAGUCUUCAUAUGUAUUCCCGGGAAUAACAUCGAAAAUCAUCAAUUUUGCAACAACCGUUAAGUCUCCUCACUUUUCCAUCAUAGUCAGUGUAUUGAAGAUACUUAGGGAAUUGAUUGUGAAAGUUUUUAGUGAUACGUCCCUAGAUGUACAAUUUCAAGAGCCAGAGAACUUAAAAGCUCAAUUGAAAGACUUUAAUAAGAUUUGGGAAGAUAAUGGAAACCAGGAUACCUUGAGUCUAGAAAAACAGCCCCAGAUCAAAAUCAGCAUCAAAGAUUCUAAGAAUCACCACAGAACCGAUUCAUGGCUUCGGGCAACAUCGACACAGCUCAAAAUAUCUUUGACCAUUCUUUUCAAGUCGCUUUUACUACUGUCUACUAAUAAAAGCAAAAUAAAAAAUAGACCCCAGCUACUUGAGGAAUUUGUUUUAUUCAAUAAAGUGAUUAUUCACCACUGCUUCUAUGUAUUAUUUGAUCUAAUACCAUUAACAUUGGACGUAUUGUCUUUGGCUAUUGUUGCUUCACUGGCUGAUGACUCCUCCAACGACAUUCAGCAUUCAAACGAAGAAGAGUACGUCGAACUUUUCACUCGGGUUUAUACCAAUUCUAAUUUUGUUGAUGAUGAAAAACUUGGUUUACUUUACUCUCAGAUAGAGUUUAAAAUAAAGGAUUUGGUGAGUGAAAAGCUAUCCUUAGUAUUAUUUUCCACUGAUGAUGAGAAAAUUGCAGCUUAUAUUUCUUCAAUGAAACUUCAUUUUGCCUUAAUAUAUUCAAUAUCCAAGACUUUAAAGAGAUUUCAGUCACAGCUUGAAAAUUUAAUCUUGAAUUUUAUCACGACUUUGAAAGAAGAGUUAAUUAACAAUUACAUUUGGAAUAAUAAAAAGAGAAAAAGAGCUAAUAAAAGUGAACUAUUGGCUUUACUCACAGGUUCUAAGACUAGCGAUGACCCUAAUAACAAAUUAGAUGAUAUUGAGUUACCACCUCAUAUAAAUGCCAAACAGUUAACUAAAUUGAAUAAAAAGUCAACCAACAAUGCACCUGAAAACCGCCAAAACUACUCGAUGAAUCUUGCUUUGUUGGCUCACAAAUGGGAACUUGGAGAAAAUCUGCACAAGGAGGUUGCUAUUCAAUCCAAUUAUUUAAAAGACCUGUACUCUACCAAAAUAGAAUCGAUGAUUAUCGAGUUGAUAAAGUUUUUGGCUGAGCUCACUAUCCAAGAAGGGAAUUAUCAUCAAAUGGUUACAAUCUUAUUAGAUAAUAAUGGGGAAGAUUUGGAUAUCUCUGAUCCUAUCAAUACUCUCAAUAGAGCUAUGUCACUAUGGAUGGCCAAUAACGUAUUGAAGUCUUCAAAGAUAAAAAAUCAUAUGCUAGAGUUUCAAACUGAUUCUACCUUUGAUAUAAACGAAUUUAUUGACUUUCAUGAUGAGACUUCAAAGGAUACUCAGGCUUCUGAUAAUGAAAUUAUCGCUGAUCCAAGCGAGCUCCUUUACUUAGUCAUGGCCAAAUCUCAGGAAUUGAUUGACGCAGCAUCUGAGUCAGGUGUUCUAGAUAAUGAGGAGAUUGAUCUUUCUGCUCAAGUGAACGCUAAUAAAGUGUAUGAGUUUUCGUAUGCGGCAGCUAUUGACUCUAUCGGAUCUCUUUCUCGUCACAUGGAUUUCCAGCUGUUUCAAACGGAUUAUUUAAUUGAUUAUUUAUUCCCAUUAGUAGAGGCUCUAACUUUCAAUUCACAUCCUCUUGUCCAACAACAUGCAACAAAUGCAUUAAAAUCAAUUUCAAAUAAUUACUAUGAAGGAUCAUUGAAAGCGAUGAUAAUGGAUAAUCUGGAUUAUCUCAUAGAUUCAAUCAGCUUAAAGCUCUCUGUUGCAAGCUCGUUAACUCCAACAUUACCUGCAAUCCUAUUCGUUAUAUUAAAGAUUUCCGGAAUUGAUCUAUUGCUCAACAAUCAACUUCAAGAUCUCAUAAGUCAUAUGUUCAUACUAAUUGAUUCUUAUCAUGGAUAUUCGAUUUUGGUGGAAGGAUUUUUUAUUGUUUUUGGAGAGAUUACACGUCAAGUCCAUGAUUAUUACUUGAAAGACCAUCAUGCAUUGCGUGGGCAAGAACCAAAAUCAAAAUAUCACCCUUGGGGUCUCCUGAACUUAGAGCAAGUGUUGAAUAUGAUUGAUGAUUCCGGAAAGCUUAUACAAACUUUGGAUGACGAAUACGACUCUUCAAAAGAAUAUUUCAAGAGGAAGAAACCGGGGGUACCAUUUUCUCAAGAAAGUGACUCUGAUGAUGAUUCUGAUGAUAAUUCCGAUACCGAAUCAGGAACUAAGGGAGACGAUGAAGAUGAGGAAUCCCAGUGGACUUCAACUAUCCCCAAAGGUAUUUAUUUAUCUAUACAACAAAUUUUCAACUAUGGUUUUAGGUUGCUUUCCCAUCCUUCUAUGUCUCUUAAGCUCCAAAUCUUGAAGACUUUGAAAAGUGUAUAUCCCAUAUUAAGUACCAACUAUCUGCUUCUUAUGCCUCUAAUUGCACAAAACUGGCCAAUAUUACUUACUUUGAUUUCGGGGUCUUUCAAUUUAUCUCCGAUAGAUUCAUCGAACCGUGUGGAUCAUAUUCAAACACAAAACUUAAUCAUUCCGUCGUUGGAGUUGGUUAUUGAAAUAAUUGAAGAAGAUGGUAAGCAAGAACAACCAUUCUUGGGGUCAAAGUUUUUAGAAGCUUGGAACUUCCUUUCCCGACAAUCAAGGGUAUUGCCUUUACUUACUGGUAAACCCCGUUUAUCUCUGAAAGAACUAGAUGAAUCUGGUUUGACUUCUUAUAAUCCAAAAAUGCUUCAAUUGUAUGUUCGUUUUUUAAUUAAAGGGUUGAAGAACUAUGAAAGACGGAUACCUGAUUUAGUAAGUUAUGACAUUGUUAGAGUAUGUUUUAAUAUCGGGAUUCCAAAAGAUGAAGAGACAACUAAAGAUAUUCAGAAUAAUAUAUACGUUGUUAAG